ACGGUUUGUCGUUUGGCUUUACCGUCUCGUGUUUGUGUCACAAUGACUAUAAAUUUAGUGAAAAAACUUCUUCGGAACGAAAUGAAGAGUAUUAUAGAAGCUAUUGAGAUUCAGGAACGACAAAUACAAGGAGAGAAAGUAUUUCAAAAAUUGACUGCACUGCCGCAGUAUAAAGAGAGUAAAAGAGUUUCUCUUUUCCUGAGCACAAAGGAUGAAAUAGACACAAUACAAUUAUUAAGAGAUCUUUUUCGUCGUCAAAAAGAAGUCUUCGUUCCAAGAUAUGAGGGUUCAGAAAUGCAGAUGGUAAAAUUAUAUUCAAUGAGUGACUACGAGCAAUUGCCACUAACAAAGUGGAAAAUCAAACAGCCUGACACGAGUGAAAACAGAGAAGAUGCUCUUGAAACAGGUGGAUUAGAUUUAAUAAUCGUGCCGGGAGUGGCUUUUACCAGAGACGGUAAACGCUUAGGUCACGGUGGAGGAUAUUACGACAGAUACUUGCAAGAUUAUGUCAAGGCUAAGGGAAGAAAACCGAAUUUAAUUGCCAUAGCCUUCAAUGAACAGAUUUGUAAAGAAAUUCCCACCAGUGAAUUGGAUCAUCAAGUGGACUUAGUUCUCACUGAAAGACAUUCUUGACAUCCAAAGAGAAAACUUUUCAAGACUUUAGACAAACUUACACUUUUUUAUGUAAGGAUAUUUAGGAAAUAAUAAAGACGACUUUUUCAAAAAUGA